GUGCUUAAUGUAAUUUACCAAAAAUAGAUAAUUGAGGCGAGUCGCAUGGAAUUUUCGGUUCCUUUUUCAUCAUUAGCUUUUGUGAUAAACCCUAAACCCUAGGGUCGCCUCAGCUGAACUGAAUUGCUCUACUGUCUGAAGAGAAAGCAAAUAGGAAUAAUCCCUAAGAAACUUAAUUCUGCAUUCAGUUGGCUAUCUUUACCAUUCGAUUUUGCAUAAUAAAUGGCAUACUGUAGACAAAGGGAUUUUAUGUUCUGUGAAAUGUGUGGAACUAUGCUUACUUUUGAUUCCCCCAAAUAUGCUCACUGUCUCCAUUGCAAAUUCAAGAAACGCGUCAAAGAGAUUGCUGAAAACGAGAUACAGUAUACCAUUUCUGCUGAGGCUAUUAGAAGGGAAUUGGGCAUAUCUUCAUUUGAUGAUCUUGAAGAAGAGAAGGAACUAAAGCAAAUGGAUUAUAAUGCAAAAUGUAAAGGUUGUCAGCAUUUAGGCAUGUCAUAUGUAGCCAGACAGAUUAGAUCUGCUGAUGAAGGGCAAACUAUCUUCUAUACAUGCCUUGUUUGUGGAAAUAAGCAAACUGAGAACUCAUGAAAACACAGUUCUGCAUGUUUCCAUGGUGAACGAGAGCUGAUUUUAGUGUCUGCUGGUCCUUCGAAUUUUGUUAGAGAGCUCUUACAGUGUUAUUGCUUGUAUCUGUAUGCAUGGAAACAAAUGUAAAACUCCUACAUUAUCUAGGAGUUCUGGAAAUAGGAUUUUAUUGUUGUGGCCAAUAUAA